CCCGGAGACAGGCCCCACCUUGUCUCGCUCCUCAAGCGUGAGUGUGUCUGCAGGACAUAGGGCGUGUUGUUGAUGCACUGAAAGGAACUUGGACUCUCCUGUCACUUCUGUCAGGCUUCCUCACUUCCAACCUUGCCUGCCUGACGUCCUCGCAAACAUGAAUUUUGCAAAGACUUUCAUCGGCGGCAUCCUGAAUGUUGUCAGCAACAUCGACCCUAACAUCUUCAUCCCCUCCAACCCUCCUCCGGCGCGCCGACCUUUGGCCUUCGAGGAGGCUCACGAAAACGAUGAGCAGAAACGCUUCCGCCAGGUGUUCAAGCAGCUGGCCGGGGAAGACAUGGAGGUGAGCCCCAAAGAGUUGAUGAACAUCCUCAACAAUAUUCUUACCAAACAUGGCGAUCUGAAGACAGACGGUUUCAGCAUCGAGUCGUGUAGAAGCAUGGUGGCCGUCAUGGACAGUGACAGCACGGGCAAGCUGGGCUUCCAUGAGUUCAAAUUUCUGUGGGACAACAUCAAGAAAUGGAAGAAAACCUACAUGCUCCACGACGCUGACGGCUCCGGCGUGAUCUGCCACAGAGAACUGCCAGAAGCCUUCAAGGAAGCAGGUUUCCCUCUGAACGACCAGCUGUACAAGAUGAUCAUCCGUCGCUAUAGCGAUGAGCACGGCGACAUGGACUUUGACAACUACAUCGGCUGCCUGGUGCGACUGGACGCCAUGUGCAGAGCCUUCAAGACUCUGGACAAAGGCAACAGCGGCUCCAUCAGCCUGGAUGUCAAAGAGUGGCUACAGCUGACCAUGUACUCCUGAGGCUCCUCCCCCCCUCCCUGCUCAUGCAUGGAUGACCUGCGCGGUUGUCACGGUAACGGGACCAAAGAAGAAGCUGCUUUUAUUUUUUAACUUCCAGGCCGCUUUUUCUGACCAACAAAUAAACCUAACGACCACCUUG